CUGUUUGUGGUUUAUUGGCAGUGUCUGUCAUGUCACUAUUUACACAAAUGUGAAUUGGAUUUAACUAAUGGUAGCAAUGGCUGUGGUUUCCUACUUCAGACCUAGAUCUAAAAAAAUCAAUUACUCAGAUGACCUGCCUGAAAAAGUAAGGAGCACUUUAGAGCGUUGUGAGCAGAGACAGAAGACACAUAUAAGGGAAGGAGAAUUUAUUAUCAUAGGCAGUACUAAAGUUUGUUAGUUUCUAUCAGUGCAGAUCUGGGAAAGGAAUAUUUGCCUGCUCUUAUUGUAUAGUAAGAAAAUACAGAUUCACCUCUUGCUCACAAAAUGAAGCCGGAAACAUGACUUGGUAAAAGAGGAAGAAAUGAUGACAUUGAGGUCAAGGAAGCUGAUUAAAAGGAAACAUGCAUAUGAAAUUCCGUUUAGAAGGGAACACAACACUUGCUGCAUCUGAUAAGAUUGAAAGAUCCUAAAUGAAAUCAGUUAUAUAACAGUGUGCCUCCUAAAGUUAUGGCUGUUUCAUCCCUGGAGGUUUUCACAAAAAGAUUGGACAACAAUUUGUGAGGGGGUUGGAUUAAAAAACCUCCAAGAUUCCUUCCAGUCCUAUGAGUCUAUGAUUUUAUGAACCUUACUGGUCUCAUGUUUUAAAAAGAUGUUUUAGAAGAAAUCCUUUUCCAUAAACAAUGAAAAGAGUUUCAAUGUCUGCCACUGGAGCUUACUGCCAAAGAUUUAAUGCUGCAGAAAUGAAAACUUAGUCGACAAUGCUUAUUUUUUUUGGGUGCUUUCUAUUACUUGUGGCAAGAGCGGAAGCUGGUGAUAUUACUGUUACUGAUUGCCUUAAAAAGCCUAUCAAUGUGAGGUACAGAGCCAUCAGCAACCACAAAUUUGUUGUAUCAUGUGACCUGCCACCUGAAGACACUACAUCAAUUUAUAACCAUUCUCCUCUUUAUGAAAAUCAUGUGAUGUGGUUUCGGCAAUCCAGUGAUGGAAGAUUCUCUAUGAUCCUCAGUGAUAAAACUGCCAAUCCUACUCCUUGGGGGAAUUCACUUUGGUUUAACCCAAUACAAACUGAACAUUCUGGAAUAUACAUCUGUAUGAAAAGGGAUAACAUAUCACCAUGUGUCAAUAUUUUAAUAAAUGUUCAAACAAAAUAUAUGGCUAAUUGUUCAGUCAACAACAGAAAUGACAUUUAUCUCUUUGUGGAUCAAGGAACAUCUGUUGGUUGCCCAGGGAAAAACUGUUACUCUAAUUUUCCACAAUCAUCAGUGAAAUGGUACAAAAAUGGAAUACAAGUAGAACUUAAAAAGAAAAGACCUGGCCUUCAGUUCUACCAUGAUAAACUAGUGCUGCGUUCUGUGUAUGAUAAAGAUAAUGGCACUUAUACAUGUGAUUACAUGUUGACUGACCACGGAAUACAAUGGAAAAUGAGAACAAUACUGAAUCUGCAUGUUAUCUCAAAAGACACUAUCCAUCCUCCAAAGGUUUUAAAUCCCAAUGAUGGGAUGAUCCUUGAAGUAGAAAUUGGUCAACCGAUUGAUCUUGAAUGCAAAGCACAAUUUGGUUUUGAAAUGAAUGUUUCGUCCUCACUAGAGUGGUACCAAGAAACCAAUAAAACCAAGCAACUGGUACAGCAAGAGAGAGUUCAUCCACAGGGACUGGAUGGACAAACCUUUACUCUUACCUUCAAACUGAUAAAAAUAACUGAAGAAGAUCUAAACAGCCACUUCAUCUGCUUGGCCCAAAAUUCUAUUGGAAAUGCUACUGGAGUGAUCAAACUAAAGAGGAAAACAGAAAAAGCAAUUCUUUUCUUGCUUACUUUGUGUGGCACUAUUAUAAUACUAUUUGGAGUGGUUUCAGGAGGCCUACUAGUUUAUAGGCACUGGAUUGAACUUGUAUUAUUUUAUCGGAAUUACCUAGCCAAAGAUGAAACUCUGAGUGAUUGGAAGGAAUUUGAUGCUUUUGUCACCUAUGCAAAACCGGAGUUCAUUGAAGCCAACCAAGAACCAUGCCCUGAGGAGCAGUUAGCUCUAGAAUUUCUUCCACUCGUUUUAGAACACGAUUAUGGAUAUAAGCUAUGUCUCACAGAAAGAGACAUCCUUCCAGGUGGAGCCUACACUGAUGACAUUGUAAGUGCCAUGAAAAAAAGCAGACGGGUCAUCAUCAUUUUGAGUCCAAACUACGCUAAGAAUAGCCAAGCUCUCUUUGAACUUGAAGCAGCAAUCAAAAUUGCCUUGGAAGAUAAAAUAAUGAAAUCCAUCCUAAUACAAGUUGAGACUUUUCAGGAGCUACCUUCAGUAUCUCCUAAGGUGAAGAAAGCCCUCAGGAUUUUGCCCAGGAUUACCUGGAGAACAUCUACCUCCCCUUCAGCUAAUAAGCAGUUCUGGAAGAAAUUACGGUAUCACUUGCCAGUGAAACACAGCAACAGUGCCAUGGACAAGUGGUCUUCAUUUCCCAUCAGCAACCGUUGGUGUUGGUAACAGAAAAUGAGAAACAAAGGAUGAGCAAGUAGAGUAUAAUACAGUAGAGGCCAUAGCUCAGUACUUCAAAACUCUCCACAGCUAUAAAGGAUUAUUAGAUGGUAAAGCUGGGAAUUUGAGAAAAAUUCAUUUGCAUUUUACUUAUAAUAUGACCGCUUUCAACUGAAACUCUGAAAGUCAUUCUUCUGUGAAUGUUAUCAUCCAUUUUACCAACUGUUUUUUUAAAAUAAAUUAUUAUUAUUAUUAUUAUUAUUUAUUUAUUCAAUUUUUAUACCGCCCUUCUCCCGAAGGACUCAGGGCGGUGUACAGCCAAAGUAAAAACAAACAGUACAAUAUACAAAUUAAAAUACGAAUUAAAAAACUUAUUACAUAAUUGGCCUAAAAACUUUGAAACAUAUAAAACUAAAAACCCAUUAAAAAAUUAAAAGUAAAAUUUAAAACCAGUAAAAUUUAAGCCAGCCCCGCGCGAAUAAAUAAGUGUGUUUUCAAUUCGCGGCGGAAGGUCCGAAGGUCAGGUAUUUGGCGUAAACCCGGGGGAAGUUCGUUCCAGAGGGUAGGAGCCCCACAGAGAAGGAUCUUCCCCUGGGGGCCGCCAGCCGACAUUGCUUGGCGGACGGCACCCUGAGAAGUCCCUCUCUGUGUGAGCGUACGGGUCGGUGGGAGGCAUGAGGUAACAGCAGGCGGUCCCGUAAUAAAGACCAUUAAACAAACAAACAAAAACCCCUCCCCGAUCCCAAAUGCAUAUUGGAGGCAGUUCAUGCACAAUUUGUUGAAAUAGAAAAAUGUGCACUUCAUUUACAACUGUGAAUGAUGAUGAUUCUAAUAUGGAAACAGGAAGAACCACAUUUAUCCGUAGAAAAAUGGGAAGUAUAGUAUGGAAAAGCCAAAAUGGACAGAUUCAGCCAUCUCUAAGUGGGCUCUGUAAGUUACUAGGUCAAUUGAUGAUCAUUCCCAGUUUGCAGUUUAAUAACUGUGUCUUUAGUCUUUCACAAAAAUUAUUAUAAUUAUUUAAUGCAGUAUUGUGUAAUGUUAAAUGGAAAUGUACUGUUUAUUCCAUAUUUAUUUAUAGACAUGCUAUUCAGUUGGAUGUGAUGGGGCUGCUUGACUCGUAUUUAUCCUUUUAAAGAUGCUUCUGGUUGUAAUGUAAUUAAAAGUGGCAUAUGCACAUAUAUACAGAGGGUGAGAGAGAAAAAAUACAUUAGUUUUUUAAAAAAUCAUUCAUUCAAAGAAAUAGAAAAUGACUAGCUAUGGUCAGCCUGGUUACUACAGGCAGUUCUUGAUUUACAACAGUUCAUUUAGUGAUCAUUCAAUGGAACUGAAAAAAGUGACUUAGGACCAUUUUUCACACAACCAUUGGAGCAUCCCCAUGGUCACAUGUUAAAAAUUCAGGUGCUUAGCAACUGGUUCAUAUAUAUGAUGGGUCAUGUAACUUUCUGAUGAGCAAAGUCAAUGGGGAAGCCAAAUUCACCUAACAACGAUGUUAUUAACUUAGUAAAUGAUUCACUUAACAAUGGUGGCAAGAAAAGUCAUAAAAUGGAGCAAAACUCACUUAACAAAUGUUUCACUUGGCAACAUAAAUUUUGGAUUCAAUUGUGGUCAUAACUUGAGGACUACCUGUAUAAUGUAAGACCUGUUACCAUUGCCUAUGAUUUGUUUCCAAAUACAGUUCCAGGUUUUGGCUAUUAUCUGUAAAGUCCCUGGUUUUUGUGAAAUGCACUGGAGAUUAUAGCUACCGGUACAUAUCUUCCAGCAUCUGAAUGUAUGUUUGUUGGUGUAAUGAAGCCAUUUUGAUGUUAUUAUUGUAUACUGUAAUGAAAAUGUACUUUUUAUCAAAGUUUAAUAUUGUACGUUGUUUAGAUUGCAAUCAAUUGAGGCAAUAAAAAAGAAAUCUA